AACAGCUGGGCGGUAUGUGUGGGGGUGUGUCUGUCUGUCCGCGGACCGCUCAAGCCGAGGCUCAAGCUAGCUUCUUCUGUGUCUUCAUCGAGCGAGCUUGACCUUUCACGAUGCAGGAAUCGGAGGAGCUAGACGAUAAUGAUCCCACACAACUGGCUGGUGCACAAGCAGCUACGCUAAUGACUACACUGGAAACCCAACUGAAACGCUAUACCAGGAGAGCCAAGCCAACUGGAGAGGUCCUAGGGAGUGGGACCUACGGCUGGGUAAUCGAACUAACAUCAGCGGGGGAGACUGUGGCUGGGAAGGUGUUCAGAGUGUCCGCCACUUCGCAGCUUCAGGCAUUAGCAACCAAAGUGUGCGGAGAGGUGAUCACAAUGCUGCAGCUCAGCCAUCCAAACAUUGUCCAGUGUAAAGGAGUGGCUUUACUGCCAGACAAGUCACCACUGCCUGUUCUUCUGAUGGAGCGACUGAAGACAAGUCUUCAUGCCUACCUCCUACGCCCAAACAACUCCAAUCUUCCAGUGGAGAGAAAAGUGUCCUUUUUACUAGACAUAGCUAGAGGACUGGACUAUCUUCACAGCCACACACCUGCCAUCAUCCAUCGAGACUUGACUGCCACCAACGUCCUGCUCACCUCCCAACUCACGGCAAAGAUAACCGACUUCGGGAACUCCCGUUUCCUGGACCUCGACCCCAGCACAACAUCCAGAACAUUUACCACAGUGCACGGAACUCUGGAGUACAUGCCCCCCGAGGCCCAGGGGGUGACUGCACAAGGAGUGAGCAAGAAGUUCUACCCCAGUCUGGAUGUCUUCUCCUUUGGGCACCUCUCUCUCUUCACUGUCACCCAGACUCAAGUAACCCUCCUCCCUCCCACCUCCACUGACCCUGAAACUGGUUUAGUGAAAGGGCUGUCAGCAUUGGAGAGACGUGAGCAGUUUGUGACGAAAGCCCAGCAACUCUUGCCAGAGAAUCCCGAUUUACUGCAACUUAUUCAACAGUGCCUCCACAAUCUGCCAGGAAAGAGGCCUCUAACCAGAGAAUUAGUAGAAAAACUGAGCAGCAUGACUGCUGUUGUCAUUCCUGCUGGCCAAGACAGGGGAAGAGUUGAGAGAGAUUCUGCCUCCACUCAGGGCAGAGGCACUGGAGAAGCUGCAGGUACUGUAUAUAGUCCUUAGAUACUCCUGUGAGUGAAGUUUUCUUAUUUCUUUAUCUCCAGUAGUAGACACCAGACCUCCUGCACAGUCACCUAUACAGCCUUCUAUCCCUGAGGGAGCACCAGAUGGAGGGAUUUAGGUCACAGUUGUCCCUUUCUGCAGAUUCUAUGAGUCAAAGCAGUGCCAGUUCAACAAGAAAUGUUCCAGUAGCGACACAGACUUUAAGAAUUGAUGACUUAUUUGAUGUUAAAAGUGAGUUGGAGCCAGUAACUUACAGAUGGAAACACAUCGGACGGCCCUCAGACUAGACCAAGGCCAGCUGAAGAAGAUAGAAAAGGAGAACAGAGAUGAUCUUGAUGACUGUCUAAGUGAGACCCUAAGCCUGUGGCUGAAUAAGAACUACAAUACUGAGAGAUUUGGAGAGCCAUCAUGGAAGCUACUGGCUGAAGCAGUUGGUCAUCCUGCUGGAGGGAAUAACCCUGCACUUUCCGAUGACAUAAGUAUGAAGCAUGGAGGGCAAUAGUAUGUGACUGUCUUUCGUCUUCUAUACAUUCAGUAAGCACAUAAGUGCUGGCACGGAUUGCUUUCUUCACUGGAUUAGUGUAGUGUUAUGGACCCGUAUAAUAAGUCUCUU